GUGUGGCUAAAAUGUGAUAUACAAACUUAUUUCAACGUGGUUAGAAAUAGGCUAUAUUAUGUUUUAAUUUGAAUCCAUUCCAGGGUCAACCACACAUACACACACAGGGCAGGGCACGUCAUUGUUGAUAAAUUAUUCUGAAAACCCAUUUGUUAUUGUUGCAGCAUCCUCGAUGCUGAUUUACUUUUGCCCGUGGCUACUUGCGCUUUUGAACAUCGCUUCGGAGGCUGCUAGUAUGUAGAGGAGCGAUGAUGAUGCAGGACCUAUGAAAUGACUAGGCUACUGUCUUUAAAUCAAGAAUGGUGUUAACCUUUUGAUCACCAAAUAGAUAGGAUGCUGGAUCUUAUUCGGUUUGAUAUCAGUGCAAUGCUUGAUGAUCUGUUUGUGUAGGCUACAUCAGGAGCGUUUGUAGAAUAUACAAUCUCUAUAGCCUAUAUUUGACAGGCAGGUGCUUGUUUGCUGCGAUGGUUCGGAUGAUGGAGUCUCAGUGCGAGUAUUUCAUGUAUUUCCCCGCGGUGCCAAUCUCCGACCUUUCGGACCCGGCCCGUUACAGAACCUUACCCCGGCGCAGUCACCUCUACCUCGGCGAGACGGUCCGCUUCCUCCUGGUGCUUCGGUGCAGGGACGCGUCCAGCGGAGAGACACCGACAGGGCCGGGGAUUGGGAUAGUGGGAGGCGGGGAAGGUGUUGCUGGGUUCGGCUCGGAGACCCCAAGUGUCCGGGCAUGGAGGGAGCUGGCCGGUUCUUUGUGCGCUGUGGCCAGCGUCAGCCCCGGAGAGAGCAGGCACCGGUCGCAUCAUCUCCACCACGAUUACCAGAGCAGCGGGGACGAGGGCACGGAGGAGGCCGAGGAUGAGUACGGGGCUCCGGCUUUGACAGGCAGGGUGGAUGCGAGAUGCCGGGGCUUCAGGGACUGCAGGCCGCUUCUCAUCCACAACAGCACGGGGAGUGGGGUUCGGGAGUUCCGCAGGGCGCCGUUGCAGUCUCCAUUGGACGAGCCUGUUGUGUUGACUGAUGAAGUCAUCUUCCCCCUGACCGUGUCAUUAGACAAACUUCCCGUCGACACCCUCAAAGUCAAGGUGAUGGUGACAGUGUGGAAGAGAGAGGCAGAGAAAGCGGAGGUUCAGGAACAUGGCUACCUUAGCAUCCUACAGCAGCGAAUCCCCACACACACCUUCAGACAGGACCUUAACACCUUCAAAGCACAGGUGAGCACCACUCUGACAGUGCUACCACCCCCUACUGUUCGCUGUAAGCAGAUGACUGUCUCUGGGAAGCAUCUCACUGUGCUCAAAGUAUUAAAUGAGUGUUCUCAGGAGGAAGUGACUGUGAGGGACAUCAGAAUUCUGCCAAACUUCAAUGCCUCCUACCUGCCCAUGAUGCCAGAUGGAUCUGUGAUGCUUGUCGACAACGUGUGCCACCAGUCAGGAGAGGUUGCCAUGGAGUCGUUCUGCAGGAUGGAGAGUGUAGCCUGUCGACUACCCAGCAUGCUCAGCGCCCUGGAGGAAUACGACUUCCUGUUCCAGCUGCAGCUCAGCGACAUGCCCCAGGACGACUCCAAAGAGGGUCUUGAAGUUCCUCUAGUAGCAGUGCUUCAGUGGUCAACUCCCAAGAUGCCCUUCACCAACUGCAUCUACACACACUACAGACUGCCCAGUAUCCGGUUGGACCGUCCCAGGUUCGUGAUGACUGCCAGUAGCCCCAGCACCGUGCAGACCAAGGACCACUUUAGGGUCAGAUACACUCUGCUCAACAACCUGCAAGACUUCCUGGCUGUACGUCUGGUCUGGACACCCGAGGGUCGUGGGCAGAGUGAGGAUGCAGCGUUGGGGGCUGUAGUGUGUCACUCCCCCCUCAGUAACCUGGGCCACUGUCGGAAAGGCUGCACUCUCUCCUUCACUGUCGCCUUCCAGAUACUCAAGGCAGGACUGUACGAGCUGAGUCAACAUAUGAAGCUGAAGCUGCAGUUCACAGCAUCUGUCUCCAACCCACCCCCCGACGCCCGCCCUCUCUCCCGUAAGAACAGUCCAUCCAGCCCUGCUGUAAGAGACCUACUGGAUAGACACCAGGCCAGUCUGGGACGAUCACAGAGUUUCUCUCAUCAACAACCGUCACGCUCUCACAUCAUGAGGACUGGCAGUGCGAUGGAAAGGCGAGCCAUCACCCCCCCGGUGGGCUCUCCUGUAGGUCGGCCCCUCUACCUGCCCCCCCAGGAGAAAGCUGUGCUGUCAUUGGACAAGAUCGCUAAGAGGGAGUGCAAAGUCCUGGUGCUGGACCACAUCAGCUAGGAGAGGGAGGGAGGGAGGGAGAUGAGAGGUGA